AUGGAGAAGAGGAAGAGGAAGCUUCAGGCUCAUCUACUUAUUUUUCUCAUCGUCUUCAUUAAUCUUUCGUUGUGUCGAGAUGUCCCUGCCGUUUUCAUCUUCGGGGACUCGGUUUUCGACGCCGGAAACAAUCGAGUCAGCAAAAACUGUAGCGUGCAGGCAGAUUUCCCACCAUAUGGCUCCGCAUUUUUCCACCAUCCUACUGGCAGGUUCACUAAUGGCAGAACGGUUGCUGAUUUUAUUUCACAAUUCAUUGGCAUCGGAAUGCAACAACCGUUUUUGGAGGCACAGAUGGCAGUGAUGAAUGAUAGUAGGAAAGGUUACCCAUCAAACGGAAUCAACUUUGCUACCGCUGGGAGUGGUGUUCUGCCAGGAACCAAUAAAGACUUGGGAGUGACAUCAAUCCAAGAACAACUACGGCAAUUCCAAACAUUAGUAGAUCAAAAAGAGAUAAACAAAAGUACAGUCGAGAGAUCUCUUUUCUUCUUGGAAUCAGGAUCCAAUGACAUAUUCAAUUACUUCCUCCCAUUUGAUCCCCCAACACUAGAUCCAGACGCCUACGUGCAAGCCAUGAUCAAAGAAGUAAGUAACAUAAUCGACCAAAUUUACAAUGCUGGCGCUCGCAGAAUCGCUGUAUUUUCACUAGGUCCAGUGGGGUGCGUUCCGGCAAGAGCCCUCUUACCCGGUGCCCCUAUCAAUCGCUGCUACGGAAAGAUGAAUGUCAUGGUUAAGAAGUACAAUAAGGCAUUGGAGAAUUUGGUAAACGAUAUCCCCACAAGACACACGGGUGCCAACGCUGUCUAUGGUGCAGUUUAUGACACCGUCCAGCACUUCCGAGCAAUUCCAACUCGUUACGGUUUCUCGGACGUGAGUAGUGCCUGUUGUGGAGAUGGACCACUUGGAGGGCAGCUGCAAUGCGGGAAGGAAGGGUAUAAAAUUUGUCAAAAUCCUGAAGGGUACUUGUUCUGGGAUUACUUCCAUCCAACACAACAUACCUACAAGCUUAUCUCCAAGGCCUUAUGGGGUGGAAAACAAUCUCGGAUUAGGCCCAUUAAUCUCAAGACUCUAGCCAAUCUUACCCAAAAUUUCCUUGCUUGA